AUGUCUCGACCAAAUUAUACCACUGAAAAUAAAAGGGCAGCACCCAUAUUCAAAAAGCUUGCCACGCCAGCUCCUCUGAACCCAGUUCCUUCUUCAUCCCCCGCCUUUGGGACUCCAGCCCAUCCCAUCAGACCGUUCAAUGCGCCAACGGGUGCGAAAGCCAGCAUCCUCCCGAUUAUACUCCCUCCUGCGACUCUACGGCCUCUAGCUUUCCGCACGUUUACCAAGAAACACAGCUUGACCCUGACCUCCUCCGCUUUACAGGUUAUUGCUACAUUUAUUGGGAGGCAUUGCGGGACAGAAUGGCGAGAAGCAGGGCUGGCAGAACGCGUGUUGGAGGAAGUGGCUAAGAGUUGGAAGAAUAGAAAUGGUGGUGUUAUAGUGGAUGGAGAGGGGAGCGAUCUGAAAGACAUACUGAAGAACCUUGAGGGGAGCAUGGUAGGGGGGAGGAUAGUUGCUGCUAGGGAAUUGAGCAGGCAGAAUAGUCUGGUGCUUGGAUCUUCACAAAAUGGCGAAGUAUCACAUGCGAGGCUUGGGAUAAGGCCGAGUCUGUUAACCAGAGAGGAUAGCCAGUCGAGUUUCGGCAUGUCGAAUCUGGAUGUGGAGAGCCAGGACGACGACGAGGGGUUAAGAGAUCCUCGGAAAUGGCUGAAGGUCAUUGAUGCGUUUGAGCAACCUCGGCUGGUCUAUAAUGUUGCGAAGAAGCAUUUUGACAGAGAUACUUCAAAACCAUCAUUGCUUCCUCAAGCUUCUCAUAAAACCCAAGUGUUCCGCAAUCGAUACAACCUCAUCCAACAAAGACUUCUCAGAAACGAAUCCUUCCAGACUCCAACCUUUGAGGCAUCAAAAGCCUCUUCAAAACGAUCUUCCUCGCGCUUAGCGACCACCCAACAAGCGUAUAAACUGACGCCAAUUUCGAAUCUCCUAGGUCGAAAUGGUACGAGCCAUAUGCUUCUGGGUCUCUUGACGAUAUCUCCGACUGGAACGUUGGCUAUCAACGAUCUUUCUGGAAGUAUUGCCUUAGAUCUUACCCACGCGAAGCCAAUUCCUGAAGAUGGAGCUUGGUUUGCUCCUGGCAUGAUUGUAAUAGUAGACGGUACCUACGAAGAGGACGACAACAAUAGUGGAGGUGGGCUUGGAGGUGGAGGUGGUGUAGGAGGAACGAUUGGUGGUAAAUUCGUCGGAUUCUUCAUCGGUGGACCCCCUUGUGAGAGAAGGAAGGUCACCCUCGGCCUUACAGGUGCGGAUGGUGAGGGGGGGUUGACCGCAGGUGGUGGAUUCGGCUGGGUGGACUUUCUAGGCGUUGGGAGCGAGCGAGCCGUGGGAUCAAAAAUGCGAAAACUAGAGCAAAGGCUCCUUCGCCCCUCAUCAGUCGAGGAUGCUCUGGGAGGAAAAGGACGAAUGAUCAUCAUGGGAGAGGUGAACCUGGAUCAACCGCGAACACUUCAAGCGUUGAAGAAGCUCCUCACACUCUACGCCUCAGAACCAGAAGAGGAUACACCCAUGACCUUCGUCCUCAUGGGCAACUUCGUCCAACACGCCGUCAUGGCCCGCGGAGGAAGCGGAGGUAGCAUAGAGUACAAAGAGUACUUUGAUGGCCUCGCCCAAACCCUCUCCGACUACCCUACCCUCCUGCAAUCCGCAACCUUCAUCUUCGUCCCGGGCGACAACGACGGCUGGGCCUCCUCUUUCUCAGCAGGAGCCGCAACGCCCUUGCCGAGGAAGAGCGUGCCAGACAUGUUUACAUCCCGCAUUAAGCGAGCCUUCGCAACAGCCAAUGCCGAAGCUGAGAAAGAGCGCGGCAAGAAGACAGACGGCGAAGCGAUCUGGACGAGCAAUCCCUCACGUCUGUCCCUCUUGGGCCCCACCCACGAGAUCAUCCUAUUGAGAGACAACAUGACCAGCCGGCUCCGUCGCACAGCCAUCAAAUUCUCUCCCUCAAAAUCAGCACCAGCACCCGAAGACGAAGACGAAGACCACGAAAUGGACAUCCCGCACACGCCUCCUCCCCCGGCAACCAGUGACUCAGCCCCAGCUCCAGACAUGGUCAUGGACGAUGACGUCCUCGCAGCUGAAUCCCGCGUGCCGCAACCCGCCGUAGAAGAAGAGACUGUGUCCAGCGACUUGCAAGCAGCGCGCAAGCUCGUGAAAACAAUUCUCGACCAAGGAUACCUCUCUCCGUUCGGGAUGGCGAUCCGGCCCGUGCUGUGGGAUUACGCGAGCGCGCUGCAGGUGUACCCGCUGCCGACGGCGAUGGUGCUGGCAGAUACCGAGGCCCCGGCAUUCUGCGUCACGUACGAGGGAUGCCAUGUCAUGAACCCGGGGAGCAUUGUGGCGCCUGGACGGAGGGGCGUGGCGAAGUGGGUGGAGUACGAUAUUAGGAAUAAGGUUGGGAAGAUUAGGGAGGCCAAGUUCUGA